AUGGCCGCCACGAACCGGGGCACCGAGCUGCUAUGGGUCAACAUUGCCUUCUUCGUCCUGGCUGCUUGCACCGUCCUGAUGCGCUGCUAUACCCGCGCCUUCAUUUCAAAGUGUUUUGGUCCCGAUGACUGGCUCAUGGCCGUUUCUUGUGCAUUCUUCUUGGGUUAUGUGAUUUGCUCCAACAUUGGAAUCGGAUACGGGACGGGCCAGCACCGCGCCGAUCUGACGCCGGAAAACUAUGCCACUGCGAAACGAUGCAAUCCUGUGGCGCAUUAUUGGAAUGACGCCAUCCCUGGCCGUUGCAUCCCGCUACACGUCUACGUUGGGCUGGGCUAUCUCUACAGCGCCGUCAGUGUCUUGACAGACUUGAUCUUUGCGCUGCUACCGGCCUUUAUCAUCUGGCACCUGCAAAUCCGGUCCGACAUUCGCUACAUCUUGAUCUUAUUGAUGGGUCUGGGCUGCGUGGCGAGCAUUGCCGUGUUGGUGCGCGUAGCCUAUCUGCAUACCUUUUUCGAUCCUGAUUUCCUAUACGCGACGACGGACAUUGCCAUCUGGUCGACGAUUGAGAUGGGACUGGCGCUCACCGCGGCCAGCUUUUCCACCCUGCGACCGCUGGCACGCUCUCUGGGAUUCAAGAUUGGCUUCACCGACUACGCCUCGGCGGGAAGCGAGAGCGUGAACCACAACGACGCGCGACGGCAGUCCAAGAAGCCGGCCCACCGUCGACAGAGUAGGCCUCCUAUCCGCGUGCUCAGCGCGCCGGGGACGUCGCAGGAUACGCUCAACGAAAGACACACGCGCGACAAGUCGAAUGGCUCGCAAGUCACGGCCAGGCCGGCUGGCGAGCGUGCCACCUGGCCGGCCAUUGCAAAUAUCGAUGUUGAGCGGGCUAUGGGUGGCUUGGAGCUGGCCCAGGUAGACGGAGCGAUGGAUCACAGCACAUCGAGUCGUGUCGAGAGCAAAACUGCAUCUUGA